AUGCCCUCGAGCAUUCGGAACAGCACAGAGCGGAGGAGAUUAGGGUAUUUCUCAUGCUCCACCGGGAAUCCGAUCGACGAUUGCUGGCGUUGUGACCGGAAAUGGCAGCUCCGGCGAAAGCAUCUUGCCGAUUGCUCGAUCGGAUUCGGUCGCAACGCAAUCGGCGGUCGAGACGGCCGUUACUACGUCGUGAGCGACCCUGGCGACGAUAACCCGGUUAACCCGAGACCCGGGACACUCCGUCACGCCGUGAUCCAAAACGAGCCUCUCUGGAUCGUCUUCAAGCGCGACAUGGUUAUGCUGUUGGGACACAGUGAUACCUACACAAGGGACAAGGUGAUGCAAGUCACAAUUGCUUACAACCAUUUCGGUGAAGGUCUUAUCCAGAGAAUGCCAAGGUGUAGGCAUGGAUAUUUCCAUGUGGUAAACAAUGACUACACGCAUUGGGAGAUGUAUGCAAUUGGUGGCAGUGCGAGUCCCACCAUCAACAGUCAGGGAAACAGAUACCUCGCCCCGAGAAACCGAUUUGCUAAAGAGGUGACAAAGAGAGACUAUGCAGGGCACUGGCAGUGGAAGCAUUGGAACUGGAGAUCAGAAGGAGAUCUUUUCCUAAACGGAGCUUUCUUCACACGUUCUGGGUCAGGACUUGGUGCCAGCUACGCUAGAGCUUCGAGUUUAGCAGCCAAAUCGUCAUCCCUUGUUGGCACCAUCACCUACAGUGCCGGUGCACUCAAUUGCAGAGGUGGUCGCCGGUGUAAACAAAGCUGGGACUCUCUUCCUUUUCUAUCUCAUCUGGAGGAUAACAGAAACUUGAAACCCACCAAUUCACUAGUCUCAAGCUUGGUUCGGGCAGGGGCUAAGCCUGACCAAUCCAUAAGAGCCCACAGACCGGAACUACAAAAUGGGAUGAGCCAGACCAACCCCGUUUGGUCGAUGAUGAUAACACAACUGAUAAUGAUGGAUAGUUUUGUGGGGUAUCGUCUCAAUGGGAAUAAGAGCGGAUGUGAAGGUGGUGAAACCACGUGA